GGAUGACGUCAGGCGGGGCGAGACACGCCCUCCCGUGCGCUAUGCUGGGCGCGGGGCUCUUGCGGGGCCUGCGAGCCCAGACAUGGACCGGGCUGCUGGGCUCUGGCGCGCGCUCCUUGGUUCCGGCGCGCGUGGCGGGCGCGCCCGGCGCUGGGGACUGGCAGGCCACUGGCCGGCCCGGGCCCCGCGGGCGUCAGCUCAGCCUGUCGGCGGCCGCGGUGGUGGACUCGGCGCCCCGCCCUUUGCAGCCCUACUUGCGCCUCAUGCGCUUGGACAAGCCCAUCGGAACCUGGCUGCUGUAUCUGCCAUGUACCUGGAGCAUUAGUUUGGCAGCUGAACCAGGCUGUUUUCCAGAUUGGCACAUGUUAUCCCUCUUUGGCACUGGAGCUGUUCUGAUGCGUGGAGCAGGCUGUACUAUUAAUGACUUAUGGGACCAGGACUACGAUAAAAAGGUUACAAGAACAGCAAAUCGCCCAAUAGCUGCUGGAGACAUUUCAAUCUUUCGAUCCUUUGUUUUUCUCGGGGGCCAGCUGACCUUGGCACUGGGUAUACUUCUGUGUCUGAAUUACUACAGUAUAGCAUUGGGAGCAGCAUCCCUACUUCUUGUCAUCACCUACCCACUAAUGAAAAGAAUUACAUACUGGCCUCAAUUAGUCUUGGGAUUCACUUUUAAUUGGGGAGCGUUACUUGGAUGGUCUGCUAUCAAGGGAUCCUGUGAUCCAUCUGUUUGUCUGCCUCUUUAUUUUUCUGGAAUUAUGUGGACUCUAAUAUAUGAUACUAUCUAUGCCCAUCAGGACAAAAGAGAUGACGCUCUGAUUGGUCUUAAGUCCACGGCCUUGCUGUUUCGUGAAAACACCAAGCAGUGGCUCACUGGCUUCAGCAUGGCAAUGCUGGGCGCUCUGAGUCUGGUGGGAGUGAACUGUAACCAGACUGCCCCCUACUACACUGCCCUAGCUGCUGUGGGAGCCCAUCUGACUCACCAGAUUUACACCCUAGACAUCCACAGACCUGACGAUUGUUGGAGCAAAUUUACCUCCAACCGAACAGUAGGACUAAUCAUUUUUUUAGGAAUUGUCCUCGGAAAUUUGUGGAAAGAAAAGAUGACAGAUGAAACAGAGAAAAAUAUAAAUAGAAUUGAAAAUUAGUAAGUGAUGUUUAUCUGGGAAUUUUUUAAACAAAUUUUUAUGAAGCACUCUCAGGUCUUGUUGCCACAUAGUUAGAUUUGAAUAAGCAAUCUUACAGUCUCUUAAAAAGAAGAACCAGGUGAUGAAGAUUUAAGGCAUAUUUGCCUAGAUUAUAGUUAAAAUAUCUGCUACUAAAACCACUCCAAUGUCAUGGAAACAAGGAUUUUAGACCUUGACUAUUUAGGUGGAUACAUUCUUCUCAUAAUUCUCAUCUGUAGUUAUGGGAAUUGUAUGAGAUUGGGCAUUUUAGGAAAAACAUGUGUCUCAUCAAAUGACUAUCUCUGCAGAAACUGGAUUCUUUUAAGAAAAAAAUAAAACUGCUACAGAAAGUUGGGAUUUAUCGUUCUUUACCAAAAGCUGCAUUUAAGGAAACCAUUCUGGUUUUUAUAUUUAAGAAGAGCUUAAUUAAGCAAAAUUUUUCCCUAUUGCAUGUGUGUGCACAGCUAUUGUUACCAACCCUAUAGAGAGGUAUAUAAUUAGGCAAAAAAAUAUCAUUCUUUGAUAUUUUGGCUCAAUUUCUUUCAUAUAAUCCACAAGCCACAUAGACAUAUCCUGGGUAGCCAAUCUUUGGCCCCAAGAGAAGGCACAGCCUGGAAAGUCUCCCUGAGACAGCGGGAGAUCCUUUGUCGGUGUCCCAUGUGUGCCUUAGAUGAGUCGGGGAACAGACAAAAAGGCCUAUUGGACCUGUAAAAGCCCAUGUCAAAUGCAAAAUGUCAUUGGAGGCCAAGAGGAUUCAGCAAAGACAGUGACCAGUGUCGGGUCCUAGUGAGGCAAGGCACUGCAAACGCAGUCUAGGAAGGGCCCACUGGGCAAAGCAAAAACCCACUUGGACCAGUCUCCAUUCCACCCAGUAUCAUACAGACUCAAAAACAUUCCCCCUCCUGGAUGCCAUCUUCGCUAAGGGAAGGGAGAGAGUGGAAAAUGGCUGAAAUACUCAGCACUUACCCAAAAGGGAUUGGAUUAACCCAAGAGUUAUCUCUGGCUAUCUUAAAUUUAUAUUUGGUGCUCUGUGUUCACUCUACCAACUCAUCUCCCCAUCAGAGAAAAUGGCAUUUUUGGAACAAGAAAAGUUCUAGAAAAGAAGAAUCCUGCAUUUUUUUUCAAUCUUUGCAAUUUAAUCCCAUUCACCUGAUCCUUCUGAAUACAGAGGGUAAGCUAUCCAUUAAAACCAGAAGUUACAUAGUUGAAAUAUAAACUGUCGGGGUGAAUCUUGAUACCAUGAAAGUUGGCUUUCGUGCAUAGAAAAAGAUUACUCAGGGCCUCCCUGGUAGCACAGGGGCUUAAGCAAAGCACCAUGAAGCAAUCACAGCCUCUGCAGCAAAAGUUCGAUCCCGCCGGCCAGAGAGCUACCCACUUGGCACAGCCGACCUCUCCUGUCUCGCCCACUGCCCCCUUCAGCAGUGUAUUUCAGUCAGUCUGGCUGUUCUGUUCCCCACUCUGUCUCUGGUGAAUCCUCUCACCCUCCCACACAUCUGGCCUAUACCUCAGUUCUUAUAAGCAUGAAUAAAUAAAUCUUUAAAAAUACAUUAUUCAGAGGUUACUUUUGUAACCUAACAGGCUGUUUGCCUAAUAAGCACAGAUGGUCAAAAGCUAUAUACACUAGCUUUUACAAGUAGGGGUUAAAAUUAAAAACAUUAACAUUAUGACAGAUCAUAUUAAACACCCAAUAAUGGUAGCUUUUUCUUUUUUUUUUUUUUUAAAGAUUUAUUUAUUUAUUAAUACAAGAACCAGGUUACAGUCAGAAGCGGGGGAGGGUGAGAGAAUUCACCAGAGCCAAAGCGGGGAACAGAACAGGCAGUGACGAAGUACACUACUGAGGGGAGCAGCAGGCGACAGGAGAGGUCUGCGUGCCAUGUGGGACCCUCGCCAGUGGCCUGGGAUUGAACCGGCGCUGCAGAGGCUGCGGUCAGCUUCACACCGCGGCGCUCAACCUGCUGCGCCACUGGGGAGGCCCAUGAGGUACAUUUUUAAUUGGCAGAGUACAUACCGUGCAAGGUGAAGGUAAAUAGUGGAUGGUGAAUUGGGGAGAGAUCAAAAAUUAACAAUGCUGUAGAAAAUGAAUAAAUAAAUUUAAUAAUAAUAAAUCUUUUUGAGUCUUUCCAACCAAGUGUUCCUUUCAGCAAAUAAAGUUCAAAAAAGAAUCGGCAUGGAAGGGACCACAGCUGCCCUGUUACUGCGUGAUCUGUUUGUGAAACUUUUAAUAGUGGGACGUGCUUAGUCAGAGUCCAGUAACAAAGAGCCAAGGUGGAAACCAGAGAGGGUCAGAAAGUCUGGUUGCCUCUCUUUGGUGGUGGUUGUGUCUGGAACCAGAAAGGUGGAUUUGGAAGGGACAGGCCCCGCAUGUUCUGACCUGGAGUCUAGACUCUAAAAGAAACCUGUUGUUUCAGUCUGGCUAAGAAAAGCUUCCCUCCCCACUGGUGCCCCUCCCUUGGUGUGGUUCCAACUCCCCUGCACGCACACAUAGUGUUACAAAGGAGAGGAAGCAUCUGUGCCCUGGAGAAGUAAGUACAUUAGCAUGUUAGUUUUGAUUUCUCAAAAACUAUAAGGGAAAACGAAAACACUUUGUUCCUCUCCAUGCCCUACGCCCUCCCCGCAAACACAUGCGUGCUUUUAUUUCCUAAGGACAGUUUUUCAAAACUUUACUGGAAAAUUUGAUUUGAAGUGACUUGAUGAGCACUGGAAUUAGCAUUUGUACUCAGGCAAAGAUUACAGGGAACUCUGUACCAUUUCCUAACAACUGCAUGUGAAUCUACAAUUAUCUCAAAAUAAAAAGUGUAAUCUUGGGUCUCCCCUGGUGGCGCAGCGGUUGAGCGCUGGAUUGCGAAGCUGCCUGCAGCCUCUGCAGCGCUGGUUUGAUCCCCAACGAGGGUCCCACAUGGCACGCAGACCUCUCCUGC